GCUCGUAUUUUGUUGGAUGCACACUGAUCCGCCGCAGCUGAUAACUCCAUACCCGUUUUCAUGCUCCAAGCACAAUCGAGCUUCUAUAGCGCUCCAAAUCUCUACCAAAAUUCUGAUUAAAAAAAUACGUAGAGAGAAUCAAAGAGGACUUGCAAUUUUCGUUCGCAUUUCUUCGCUCAUUCUCGGUCGAUUGUCUCGUGCAUUGCGAGUUUGAAAUUCACAAUCGUGAAACUGCCAGUUAUCAGAAUUGUUGGAAUGUGCUGCGAUAUGCUGUUGUAGUUAUAUUCACAUUCUGUGCAUGAUGGCUUCAAGAGCAAUAUUGCAAAAGAAAAAGUGUCUGCUUGAUUCAUUCAAGCGGCCACAUUAUUUAGUUCAAAGGCUCGUAUGUAGUGACCAUGGAAGAUUGCUAGACAUUCCCGAUUCACAGCGUGGGAGUUGGCCUCUGAUUCUUUCGGAUUCAGAUAACAGAGAGAAACAACAUUCAUAUUUUCUAACCAGACAAAUGGCUCAACACACUCCGACAAAAAAGUAUGCGAGUUUGCACCGUGAGAUUGGAGUAUGUCAUCUUUCAACUGCUCCAGCCGGUAAGCCUGAAUUAGAAGGUGAUGAUAAUAAAAAAGAACCGGUUAAGCAGAAGAAAGAUCCUUCACCGGAGGAAUGUGAUCAGGCGGUUGAAGGUUUAAGCUCUGUGAAAGCCAAAGCCAAAGCUAAAGCUAAGCAGUUGCAAGAUUCUUCAAAGGGUGUGAAAUAUAUAGUUAAGAAGAUUCGGGCUUUUCUUUUGGGAAUUGGUCCAGCUUUGAGAGCUAUUGCUUCAAUGAGCUGGGAAGACUGGGCCAAUAAAUUGCGACAUUGGAAGGAUGAGUUUAAAUCUACGUUGCAGCACUACUGGCUGGGCACAAAGCUGUUAUGGGUUGAUGUUAGGAUAAGCUUAAGGCUGUUGUUGAAACUUGGUAGUGGGAGGACUUUGUCGAGGAGGGAGAGGCAGCAACUCACGCGAACAACGGCAGACAUUUUCAGGCUAGUUCCUUUCGCUGUCUUCGUUCUAGUUCCAUUCAUGGAGUUCUUGCUGCCCGCGUUCCUGAAACUGUUUCCGAACAUGUUACCAUCAACCUUCCAGGACAAGAUGAAAGAACAGGAGGCCCUGAAAAAGAAACUCAAUGCGAGGAUAGAAUAUGCGAAAUUUCUUCAAGAGACUGUAAAAGAAAUGGCAAAGGAAGUUCAGAGCUCGAGAAGUGGAGAGAUAAAGAAAACAGCUGAGGAUCUUGAUGGUUUUAUGAGCAAGGUGAGGAAAGGAUCUCCUGUUACUAAUGAAGAAAUCUUGGGCUUUGCCAAGUUGUUUAAUGAUGAGCUUACUCUGGAUAACAUCAGCAGACCACGGGUAAUGACUAUGUGCAAAUAUAUGGGAAUUAGUACUUAUGGUACUGAUGCAUAUCUACGGUAUAUGCUCCGAAAGAGGCUUCAGAAGAUAAAGACAGAUGACAAAAUGAUCCAAGCUGAGGGCAUAGAGUCCCUUUCAGAGGAGGAGCUCCGCCAAGCAUGCCGAGAGCGUGGAUUGCUUGGACUUCUCUCAGUUGAAGAGAUGAGAAAACAGCUACAAGAUUGGCUGGACUUAUCUCUCAACCAUUCAGUACCAUCUUCUUUACUAAUUCUGUCUAGAGCAUUUAGCGUCUCUGGCAAAGUGAGGCCGGAGGAAGCUGUUCAAGCCACACUCUCGUCUCUGCCCGAUGAGGUGGUGGACACAGUUGGUAUAACAAGUUUGCCAUCUGAAGACUCCGUCUCGGAAAGGAGGAGGAAGUUAGAGUUCCUGGAAAUGCAAGAAGAAUUAAUCAAGGAGGAAGAAGAGAAAGAGGAGGAGGAGCAGGCGAGGUUGAAGGAAUCUGAAAAAAAAGAGCAGAAGGAUGUGGCCUUGGAAGAGAUGGUAGAUGCCACUGCUAAAGAAGCAGAAGAACGUGAGAAGGCAAAGACGUUGGAUAAGGAGGAACAACUUAGUGAGCUCAGUCGUGCAUUGGCUGUCUUAGCAUCUGCAUCGUCUGUGACCAGGGAGCGUGAAGAGUUCUUAAACCUUGUCCAGAAAGAGGUAGAGCUGUACAACCACAUGGUAGAGAAAGAGGGCAAUGAAGGAGAAGCAGCAGCUAAACAGGCAUAUAGAGAAGCUAGAGAGGAAAUUGAUCAUGAUGCUGAGAAGGCAGCUGGCGAUGAAGUAUCAUCAGCACUCAUAAACAGGGUUGAUGCUAUGCUCCAGAAGCUUGAAAAGGAGAUAGAUGAUGUAGAUGCCAAAAUUGGCGAUCGGUGGCGGUUGCUUGAUAGGGAUUAUGAUGGCAAAGUGACUGCAGAGGAGGUUGCAUCUGCUGCUUCGUACCUCAAAGCUACCUUAGAUAAGGAGGGAAUUCAAGAAUUUAUUGGCAAAUUGUCCAAGGAUAGAGAUGGGAAAAUUCUCGUUGAAGAUAUUAUCAAGUUAGCCAAGCAAUCCGAAGAUGCUGAAAAUGCUGAAGAUGGAAAAGCAUAAACCAAAAUCCCUGGUAAUCAGCUAAUAAUCUGUGGUUUCUAUUGGCUUUUGUGAACUGUUACAAUUUUACUGUCAGUUGACAUCUCCAAAGAGCGACAGUAUGUUAACGUCGAAACUUUUAAGGCGGUUCUUUUACAUCUUCUCCGUCUAUAUAGAGGAAACCGUUACGUGCAAGAUUGCCGGAUAAACAUUAGCAACUGAUGUCUCGUUAUAGGUAACACAGUUGAAGCAUGAUUUAUGUCUAUGCGUCAAUCCAUUUUGUAAUUUUUUUGUAUAUGAAAUGUGGUAUUUGCUCUGAGAAGUAAACCAUCAGUUAAUAAAAAUAGAAGGAUAUGUACCUUGUUAA